AUGGAUCUGGAUGAUUCAUCCGGAAGGUGUUUCAAAUGCACUUGCACGCGUGGUUUUACUCAGGAAAGCGCCUACACCAGGCAUCAACGGUCAUGCGUGAAAGGCAAAAAACAUUUAUUCUCUGCUUUAUCAAAAGCAAAGGACUUCCUAGGAGCUGCAAAACAGCUCCAGCUGGAUGCCAAGAAUGCACCCGCUAGCAUGGUGUCUCCAAAUACGCAGCUCCACUCCCUGCAAACCUUGUCCGUCUCUUCUGACCUGGUCCACGAGCCAUCCAAUGAAGAGUUUUCCAGUAUUUAUCCAGCUCUGUCAGUAGUGCACCCCUCCCAAGAUGUGUCGCGUGCAGGUUCUUCUUUGCAAUGCAAUCUGCCCAUCCCAGUAUCCGAUGCCAAUCCUGGCACAGCGUCUGUGGAGAUAGAUGAAGGCUUAUCCCUAGCUCAGCGUAGAACCAAAUGUACUGGUGUUUGCAUGCCACAACGAUAUAGACAGUAUGAAGACAUACUCCCACAGCCUCCCCCGAGCGUUAUCAGCCAUGCUGCUCAAUAG